AAUCACUAAAUCAAUUGAAAGGUGAUCAGGCUUUCAAUGCAUUAAACUCAAUAAUAUAAACUCAUCAUGCAAAUAACCAAUAAAUCUUGAAUUAAACUAACAAAAACAGUCACAUAUUCCAAAAAUUAAAAUCCAUCCAUCCCUAGUUCAAAGAAAUUUAGCUAUGCAUGAUUAUGUUGUCAACAGCAACCAUAAUUUAGUAAUUCCAGCAAACAAUCAUGAUAAAAAAUUCAAAUUAAGAAUCAACAACACCCGUCCAAUGAAGAACAAGCCAAACUUGUGCUGCUGUCCCUCCCUAACAAAGCUGGUUGAGAAGAACAGAGGCUGUCGAUGGCGUUGGAUCUUUCACGAACAGAUCUGGGUGGGCGUUCUCCCUUCUGUUGGUGAACAGAUUUUCGAGGCUUCUUCUCCUUAAGGAGGAGAUGAAAACCAACCUCAUAACUCAGCUCACAACUCAGUUUCCACUGCCAAUCCAAACGUAGUUACAGCUCAACUUGCUGCCAUACAACAACAGUUUGGUGUCUUUCAAUUAGUAUUGGCUCAGCUCUUAGCUCGGAAUAAUCCUAGUGAUCCCCUCAUCAAUUUACUCAACCUUGCUUCACAACCCCCAGCUCCACAGCAAGACCCUAAACUAGUUCACGAUGCUCCCACUCUCAGUGAGUCUCAGGGCCAGUCUCACAUAGCCCCAGCUCAACAACCUCUUCCUGAUGAUGUUACUCGACGUCUGAACAGCUUAGAAAAACUAGUAGCUGAACAGCGAGGUGCCCCACCUCCACACCACAAUACUAACUCCAUACCCCAUCCUCUAAACACCAACAUCACAUUGGAACCUUAUCCCGCUGGCUUCAAAAUUCCUCAACUCAAGACAUACGAUGGGACAAAGGACCCCAAUGAUCACCUCCAUGCCUUCUAUUCCUUCAAGCAGAAGGACGGAGAAUCCUUGAAGAAUUAUAUGAGCAGGUUCAAUGAUGCAGUUCUCGAAGUCAGCUCCUUCAAUCAAGCCGUGGGAAUUGCGGCUGUAAUUCAAGGUCUCCAACAUGAAAGAUUCAGAGACAGCUUAAUCAAGCAUCCUGCUGUUACUUUCAACGAGAUUAAUGACAGAUCAUUGAAAUUCAUCACUGCUGAGGAAUAUGCUUUAUCCCAGAAACCAAUUCCUCCCAGAAAUCAAAACCCAGAUUGGAGAGAUGAGGGUCAGAGCAGAAAAUGGAUGAAAACAAUAUUCAUGCAGAUCAAGAAUAAGAUGGAUUUGAGGCUACCAAGACCAAUGAGAAGCUCCACUGCUACAUGUGACCAUACCAGGUACUGUGAUUUUCAUCAAGAUCAUGGUCAUACAACGGAGCAGUGCAAUAGUCUGAGAUCCGAACUGGAAAGUCUAGCUCAGAAGGGCAUACUGAAUGAAUACAUCCAGCGAACCGAGCAACUGAAGUUUAUUAGAGAACAGGGAGCUCAGCCACAAGGAUCUCGUAACAUAGGAAACAAAGAAGGCGUGGGAUAUGAGCAAGCCCCACCUCCACUCCCACCACCAGCUAGAAUUAUACAUAUGAUUACGGGAGGCCUAGAAGCAGGAGGAUUGAGCUCUAAACAACGAAAGUUGUACGUCAGAGAGGUCAAACAUCAAAACCGAGCUCAAAAACGAAAGUUUGACGAUGCUGAUUGGAAGAAUCAACCCAUUACUUUCACAUCUGUUGAUUUCGACACAGUUGUCACACCUCACAAUGAUCAUCUGGUCACUUCCGUCAUGAUUAACAACUGUGAGGUGCAACGUGUCCUUGUUGACAUAGGGAGUGCACUAGACAUCAUGUACUUCCACUGUUUUGAGAGUCUUGGGUUGGAUCCAACUUUGUUGCAGUGCUCGGUUUCUAAUUGUCAAGAUGGCGUCCUCUUUCAAUGUUGUUAUUGGCUAACCCACACUGAUCGAAAUCCGAGCUGUGGUUUCCCAAUCUCACCUCUGCAUGAAGUUCCCAACUCCUAUAGGGAUAGCAACACUACGGGGCAACCAAGAGAUGGCCAGACAUUGCUAUAUCACCUCGAUAAUCGACCAGAGGAUGAACCCAAAGCUGCUCUAGUCAAGGAUGUCGAGGAAGUGCCCAUUGACGACAGAAACCCAAGUCGAAAGACACAAAUUGGUACUCGAUUGAGCCCAGAGGAAAGAGUAGAGUUAAUAGCUUUUCUCCGAGCUAACAAUGAUGUCUUCGCUUGGACUUCGGCAGACAUUCCAGGAAUUCCAGCCUCGGUAUCCCAACAUAAGCUCAGCACCAACCCAUUGAAGAAACCAAUAGCCCAGAAGCGACGUCUCUUCGGGGGGGAGAGGCUUCAGGUCAUAAAGGAAGAGGUAGAGAAGCUUCUACAAGCUAGUUUUGUCAGAAGAGUUGACUAUUGCGAAUGGGUGGCUAACCCAGUGCCGGUCAAAAAGACAAAUGGUAAAUGGCGAAUGUGCAUCGACUACACAAACCUCAACCAAGCUUGCCCCAAGGACUGCUAUCUAAUGCCAAGCAUUGACAAACUGGUGGAAGCGGCUUCAAGGAAUGAGAGAUUAAGUCUCUUGGAUGCAUAUUCUAGGUAUCACCAGGUGCUGAUGGCUCGAGAAGAUGAAGAGAAAACCUCAUUCUAUGCUGGUGAUGAAAUCUAUUGCUAUGUCAUGAUGCCAUUUGGCUUAAAGAACGCAGGUGCUACUUAUCAGAAAAUGGUGACCAUCAUCUUUCGAGCUCAGAUCGGCAGGAAUUUGGAAGUUUAUGUCGAUGACAUUGUGGUAAAGAGCCUGAAAGUAGAAGAUCAUCUAGCUGAUCUCGAUGAAACUUUCAACAACCUCAGAAAGAACAGAAUGUGGUUAAACCCAGCCAAAUGCAUCUUCGACGUGGAGUCUGAGAAAUUUUUAGGCUUUAUGGUUUCUCGAAGAGGGAUCGAGGUCAAUCCAGAAAAGAUCAGAGCAAUUGCCGAGAUGGAACCGCCGAAGUUAGUGAAAGAUAUACAGAGGUUAACUGGAAGGGUGGCAACUCUUCAUAGGUUCAUAUCGAAGUCAGCAGAUAAGUGCCUGUCAUUUUUCAAGAUCAUGAGGUCAGCCACCCAGAAAGACGAAUCAGGCAAACAGAAGAAGUUUGAAUGGAACCAAGAAUGUCAAGCCACAUUCAAAGAGCUGAAGUCUUAUCUUAGCUCACCACCCCUACUGACUAAGGCUAUAGAUGGAGAGAUUCUCUAUUUGUAUCUAGGAAUUUCAGAUGAAGCAAUUAGUUUAGUUCUGGUGAGAGAAGAAGCCAAACAACAGAAACCAAUCUAUUAUAUCAGCAGUGUGCUGCAUGGCGCAGAAUUGAGGUAUCCUAUCGCCAAGAAAGCAGCAUUAGCAGUUGUCAUUUCGGUCAGGAAGCUGAGGCCAUAUUUCCAAUCACAUCCAAUCAUCGUCCUCAUAGACCAACCUUUUCGACAGAUUCUGCAGAAGCUGGAGUGCUCCGAAAGAUUAAUUAACAAGGGUUCAGGAGCUGGUGCUCUCUUAAUUGGCCCAGAUGGAUACCGGAGUGAACAUGCUUUGAAAUUUAACUUCGAUGCAACAAACAACAUGGCUGAGUAUGAAGCUCUGCUACUUGGUCUGCAACUAGCAUUGGAGUUGAAAGCAGAUUCACUCUCUAAAUUUGCCUUCGAUAGCUCUUUAAGCUCCAGAUUAGUUUUUGUGGAAGUCUUAGAUGAACCAAGCUUCAUGAAGCCAAGAAUGAUGGAGAUCAGCACAGACCCGGACACAUUGAGAUGGACUGACUCAAUUAUCUCAUUUUUACGAGACGGGACAGUGCUUGAAGACAAGCAAGAGGCAAUGAGGUUGAGGAACCACAUUGGUGCUAGAACUCUGGCUCACAAAGUCUUAAGGCAGGGGUAUUACUGGCCAAAUAUGUACAAAGAUGCUACUCACUUCGUUCAGAGAUGCCCAAAGUGCCAAUUCUUUGCACAUCUGACUUACCAACCAGCAGAAGAGCUCACGAACUUGGUAGCACCGUGGCCAUUUGCUCAGUGGGGACUUGAUCUUUUGGGCCCAUUCAUGAAAGGGGUUGGCGGUGUAACCCAUCUUAUUGUUGGAGUUGAUUAUUUUACGAAAUGGGUUGAAGCUUGGUCAUUAUUCAGUCUUACUUCCAGAAAGGUUGAAGACUUUGUUUUCGGCUCAAUUAUCUGCAAAUAUGGGAUCUCGAACCAGAUUGUGGCUGACAAUGCCAUCUUAGAAGGAAUAAAGCCGAGGUUGGAACAGCACAAGGCCAGGUGGGCAGACGAGCUUAACAACGUCCUUUGGGCAUAUAGAACUACAAGCCGAACUGCCACAGGUGAAACACCCUACCAUUUGGCCUUUGGUACCGAAGCAGUCAUUCCUAUUGAAAUAGGAGUCCCAAGCCUCCGGGUCACCCAUUUUGAUGAAGGACAAAAUGGACAACUGCUUUGGGAAAACCUUGAUCUGCUUGCCGAAGUUAGAGAAGAAGCACGGCUUCGAACUCUUGUAUACAAGCAGAAAUUAGCCAACUUCUACAAUAAACGAGUCCGCCCUCAAACAUUCAAAGUAGGAGACCUUGUUCUCAGAAAGGCUGGCCUAACAAGGUUUGAAACUCGUUUUAGCAAAUUAGCCCCAAACUGGGAAGGCCCUUAUACAGUGGCCGAGGUGCCACAUCCUGGUGCCUAUGUUCUCCAAGACGCUGAAAGGAAGAGCAUUCCUAGGAUCUGGAAUAUCAAUAACUUGAAAAAAUUUUGCUCCUAAUGAACUUCUUUCAAGUGAUAUAUGUCUUACUGCCCUUUAUACUUAUUACUUCUUGAUUGUUGAGAUUCAUUUUACCUCUUAUUCUGUGUAUCCGAGGUCAAUCUGUUUAACACUCAUUCCUUGAACUUCACUUUUAUUAAUGAAUGUCACUUCACAUA